AGAGAUCCUUCAUUUCCAACCCCGCUUUCUUCUACAAAUACGUUGUAACACAAACACUUUGCAGGCACGCAUAAUAUUACACUAGUAUACGAACGAGCCCAGAUUCCAGAACAACAAUGGCGGAUGAACCUUCUUCUCCGAACCCGGCAGCCUCCAUCGACCUCUACAAAUUCAUCCUCCCAAACCCAGACGGCUCCCUCAACCGCGCCACCCCAUUAUUCCCCAUUGUCCCCCCAACUCUGACUCCACCAGCUGAGUCCUUUCGCACCAAGUCAAACUCCAACACGCCCCAACUCGUCCUCUCCAAGGACAUUCCCUUAAACCCAGAAACCAAAACCUUCCUGAGGCUCUUCAAACCCCACCCACUCCCCCCAAACCCCCACCUCGCUCUCAUCCUCUACUUCCACGGCGGCGGCUUCGUCCUCUUCUCCGCCGCCUCCAAACCCUACCACGACACCUGUUCCGAAAUGGCUCUUUCCCUCCGAGCCAUAAUCGUCUCCGUCGACUACCGUUUAGCUCCUGAACACCCUCUCCCGUCUGCAUUCGAUGACGCCGUCGAAGCCAUCGCCUGGGCCCGCAGCCAGGCCUCCGACGUCGAUGGCCGCGAUCCCUGGCUGAAAGACGCGGUCGACUUCUCCAAGUGCUUUUUAAUGGGCAGCAGCGCCGGGGGAACUAUGGUCUACCAUGCGGGUGUACGCGUCUCCGAUGUCGAUCUCUCGCCGUUGACGAUCCGAGGGCUGAUAUUCAACCAGCCUUAUUUCGGAGGGGUCCAGAGGACUCAAUCUGAGUUGAAGCUGAUCGACGAUCAGGUUCUACCGUUGGUCACCAGUGACAUGAUGUGGGGCCAUGCUUUGCCGAAGGGAGUGGAUCUGGACCACGAGUAUUGUAAUCCGACGGUGAGAGGUGGGGACAGGAGGAUGCGACGGUUGCCCAAGUGCUUGGUUAGAGGGAACGGCGGGGACCCACUUCUGGAUAGGCAGAGGGAGUUUGCGGCAUUGCUGGAGUCACGUGGGGUGCACGUGGUGUCCAAAUUUGACGAGGGUGGUUGUCAUGCUGUGGAGCUCUUUGAUCCCGGCAUGGCCCAAGUUCUGUACGACAUUAUUGGGGAUUUUAUAGAGUGCUGCUGUGAAUAAGAAAAAAACAAAACGAACAUAAUUCAACAUUUAUUGUGUCACUUAAUACUACGGUUUAGUAGUAUUUAUCUCCAUUUGUAAGUGAGAAGUUUUACGUUCAAUUUUCGCCAAAGGUGAAUUUGAACCACAUUAUUGCUAGCCCAUUAUAAGGCUAGGCACACCCCCCCUUAGUGUAGAUAUUUUCGGUUGUUAAAAAAAGAAAAUUCAACAUUCCUUGUAGGGGUGGGUUUGAUUCCGAAUAAUUUGGUUUUUUGCCAAAAUCGAAAAUUGAAUAGAAGUCACGAUUUAAUUCGGUUGUGUUA